GAAGCUCUGUGCGUUGCUGAGGGAGAGCGCCGAGUUAGGCCUCAGGGUUUUGCUGGAGUGUCUUCCGUCAGUUAUCUCUAUGACAUAGUUUGUUUCAAAUUUAUCACCAAACGCAAGCUGCGAUCUUAAAACAAACCACUAUGUCUGCUCAGGCUCAAAUGAGAGCGAUGUUGGACCAGUUAAUGGGCACCUCCAGGGACGGAGAUGCAACACGACAGCGUGUGAAAUUCUCAGAUGAUAGAGUUUGCAAGAGUCAUCUUCUUGGUUGCUGUCCACAUGACAUUCUCUCUGGAACGCGUAUGGACCUGGGAGAAUGCACAAAGAUUCACGACCUCGCACUGAGAGCCGAUUAUGAAAUUGCUGCAAAGGAAAGAGAUUUAUUCUUUGAGCUGGAUGCCAUGGAACAUCUUGAAAGUUUUAUCGUUGAUUGUGACAGAAGAACAGACAUUGCAAAGAAGCGUUUGACAGAAACACAAGAAGAAAUAAGUGCUGAAGUAGCUGCGAAGGCAGAAAGAGUGCAUGAACUCAAUGAAGAAAUAGGAAAGCUUUUGGCUAAAGCUGAACAACUUGGAGCUGAAGGAAAUGUGGAAGAAUCUCAGAAGGUCAUGCAAGAAGUAGAAAGAGUACGCACAAAAAAAAGGGAAGCAGAGGAUGAAUAUAGGAAUUCAAUGCCUGCUUCUAGCUUCCAGCAACAGAAAUUGCGUGUGUGUGAAAUUUGUUCUGCAUAUCUGGGUCUUCAUGACAACGAUCGUCGGCUUGCUGAUCACUUUGGAGGCAAACUGCACUUGGGGUUUAUUCAAAUCCGAGAGAAAUUAGAUCAUUUGAAGAAGAUUGUGGCAGAGAAGCAAGAGAAAAGAAAUCAGGAGCGCUUAAGGAGGCGAGAAGAAAGGGAAAAAGAAGAAAGGAUGAAAAGGAAGUCCAGAUCACGUAGCAGGGAUCGCAGGAGGUCAAGAUCGCGUGAUCAUAGGCGGAAACGUUCAGGUUCCCCCAGUCACGAGCGGCGCAAAUCAAGAUCCAGAUCCAGAGACCGUGAUAGGCGCCGAAGACAUAGGUCCCGUUCACAUAGCCGCAGCAGAGGACACUGUCGCAGCUCAAGAGACAAAAGCAGGGAGAGGAGUUCAAAGCAUAAGUCUUCAAGGGAUCGAUCUCCUAGGGGAAAAUCAAGAGAUAAGGAUCGAAAGGAGAAGAGUUCUUCAGAAAGGAAACAUGAGAGUACAAAUGGGAAGUCAGAAUUUAAUGCAACAAGUCCAGAAGAAAGGGAAGCUGGUGAAAUUUGAAUUAAUGACUGAACUAAAUAGUUAAUGUAAAGCUCUAAACCUGAAAACAUUCUUGCAGUCGUCUUUGAAUUUUCCCAUGUUAUAUAUGAUUUCUGCCUUUUAAAAACUUCUCAUUGGCAGAGAAACUAUUAGAUUUCCAUAGCUGCCGAUAUAUAUUGUUUUCCUGUAGUGUUACAGCCUUUCACUUGGUUCAAUUUAUUUAUGAAUAUUAAAACAAGUGCGUCCAUAUGGUUUCUUUUAAAUUGAAGUUAUCUUUUGAACUAGCAUGGAACAAAGCAAUUUUAGACUUUCUAAGUAAGUACCUAUCAGCGGUUUAGUUACCACCCUCUAACAAAACUGGAUAUAUUUCUCUCUCCAGUGGGAUAUGUGGAUUUUGUAACUGGGUACCUGACUACAUAAAGGCCUUGAUUUCAGCAAGAAUUCACCUUGAUUGUUGCAAUUUCAGUGGAAAAAUUAUCGAAACGACAAGUGUUAUGCUGUCUUUCAGGCUUUCUGCAAUUCUUAUGCCCAAAUUGCAACAGACCAGGAGUGAUCAAAAAUCCUCUUUAUUUUCCUGGUCGUUAUGCUCAUUUAAAGAAACUUUUGAUAAUUUUGGGAAAUGAACUUCAUAAAUCUAAAAGCUAAUUGGCAUGUCCUGGUUCUGAAUAUUUUCAUUGACAGAUAAUCUUGCAACAAUUGAAGUUUGAAGACAAAAAGACAGUGAACUUGCUUUGAGGUCCAAUUUGUUAGGAAUAAUUCAAUUAAUUUUGUUUGGGUAUGCAUAAUUCUUGAGGCAUAAACAUUUCUGCAAAUAAAACAAUUAUCAUUUGAAUCAUUAAAAUAAGUUUUUAGUUGAGAUCAACAUUGGUUAUCCCCAGAGUCUGCUUUUACACCAUCUUUUUGCAUCACUUUGAGGUUGUUUUUAGUGAGUAUUAUGACAAGAAUGACAACGUAAGUCAGGCUAUCAAAGCAAACGAGUUGGAAUCAGGGAGAGGGGAGCUAUAGCACUUGCAUUUCUUGUGAUGUGAUGUUUAACUUCUGAAGGUUAAAGUACCCCAGGGCACAUCAAAUUUAAUUUACCUUGUUCAUAUCAAAUUUGAAAUGCCCUCCGUUUGCUGACAUUUCAUAAAUUAAUUAUCAAAAAAGCCAAGCUGUUGCCAACACUCUUUCAAUAUUAAAAUUGAACCAGUUGAGCCUGGCUCAGUGUAACCCACAGCAAAAUGCAACUUGCUGUAUAACUUGGAUCUGCCAGCAGUUGCAUAAUUCCUAGACUAAAUGCAAUGUUAAAUGUAAUAGAAUGGCAGCAAACAUGAAUUGUAAUCCAUUCGAAUGUCACUAUUUAGUAUGACUUUAUUUAUGAACUGUAAAAGUAGAGCAUUCCAACCUAGGUAGCAUUUUAUAUGUUAUCUAAUGCUUAUAAGGCUUUUAGUUGUAAAAUUAUUUUGUUGCAUGUUCAGGAUCAGCGGCCAGAACCAUAGAAUUACAAUUGCAGAUUCUACUGCGCUACUUACAGUAGAAGCAAGUUCAAAAACAUUUGGUAAUUUUAACAGCAUUUUAUUGUGGUGCGUAUCAGUUUUAAGACAUCACAGGUCUGGUGUUUUAUUUUACAAGGUUUUGUUCAUUGACAUACUCUAGAAAUGUGAGCUUUUGUGUUUUAAGUUUUACUUUUAACAAGUUACAGGAUGGAAUUGAUUAGUGAAAGUAAUUAAGAGGAAGUGGCUCUUAUUGCACUAAUCAUCAAUAAAACCUACAUGCAAUUUGUUUUUUUUUUGACACUUUUCCAAAGUUAUAUAAUGAAAUGCAUUUGCUUCCAACAAUCCAUCCUUUGUAUACGUCAAUAAAAAAAUUCCAGUUUCAUUUUCCAUACUGAGA